ACUUCAAAUACAGAAUGUAUAAUAGUCCAAAUUCAACUUUGGCGAUUCAAGUGAGUCUCGUUGAUUCAAACAUAAGUGGUUAAGCAUAACAUAAAAGUAACUUCACUUGAGCCUAACGUGUAACAUCUUGAAUUUUCUAGUCAUUCUGAAAAAUUUUAAAAAAAGAAUGUAAAAGAUUAGAAACGCGUCAAUCUCAGGCCGUGGCACGUCUAAAUCUAGCAUGACAAUGCUAAAAAAAUCAUUUUUAUAUCAAAACCAGACAAUAAAACUCGGCCAACAGGCUUGGCUCUAUCAAACCCAGACAAUAAGUCCUUUUUUUUUUUUUUUGCUUUAUCCCCCGCUGUCGACGUGACAACUCCACACAUUGCCACGUCAGCGUUGGAAUUAUGAGUUCAUUAUGAAUAGAAGAUCAGUUUUGUAUGACCAUCAGUUGAAGAAUCAUGAAUGCUAUUUGUUAUUUGAACAUUUUUCAUGCAGGUUUUGUUGACAUUGAAAGCACUAAUUCUUGAUCAAAUAUUUGGGCUUGUAGGUUUUGUUGGCAGCAGGGACAGAUACAUCAUCUGGAACAAUGGAAUGGGCAUUGUCCCUUUUAUUGAAUAAUCCAGAAGUCUUGAAGAAGGCACAAAAGGAAAUCGAUGAUCACGUUGGACCAGAGCGCUUAAUAGAUGAAUCGGACAUGGCUAAUCUUCCGUAUUUACACUGCAUUAUAAAUGAGACAUUGCGAAUGUAUCCUCCGGGCCCUCUGCUAAUUCCUCACGAGUCUUCAGAAGAUAGUGUUAUCGGAGGAUAUCGCAUACCAGGAGGAACUAUGCUGCUAGUGAACUUGUGGGCUAUACAAAACGAUCCCAAGAUUUGGGAUGAUUCAAGAAAAUUCAAGCCUGAACGAUUUGAAGGCCUUGAAGCAACAAGAGAUGGAUUCAAAUUGAUGCCAUUUGGUUCUGGGAGGAGAGGAUGUCCUGGGGAAGGCUUAGCUGUGCGCAUGGUCGGGCUGGGUUUGGGAUCAGUUAUCCAAUGCUUUGAUUGGGAAAGAGUUGGGAAGGAGCUGGUUGACAUGGCUGAAGGCACGGGGCUAACCAUGCCUAAAGCUCAACCUUUAAUAGCUAAGUGCACCCCUCGCCCUGUGGGAGCUAAGCUUUUUUCUGUUUGAAAUGUACUUUUUUUUCUUUAUUUCUUCGAUAUAUGUUUUCUUUAGAACAUGUCUCCGCUUACUAUUUUACUACAAGAGGGAUUGAGAAAUUAGAUUGUUGAUCUAUUUCGAAGAAUAUCUACAUAAUUUAGUUUUUCCCAUGAAAAAAUAUUAUACAGUCAGGAUUGUUUAUGACCACAAUUAAAGGGAUAGGCAUUUCCCUACAUAUUUUAACGUAUUCUGGAUUUGUUUCCAUUA